CGGCUCUUCUCCCCCCUCAUCCCCUCCCUCCCGCAUACAAAUCCUCCCCCAAAUCCCAAACCCUACUCCAUCCGCAUCCACCACGCACCCACCCAUCCUCCGACGCCAUCUCCGACGAUCUACCCAAAUCCGCCGCGCGCGCGAGAGAGGGCGAGGGCCGGAUCCGACCGAUGGCGACGAUGCAGCACCAGGCCGCUGCGGCGCCGCCGAGCACGACGACUGGCGGCGGGCAGCGCGCGAUGGACCUGUACGAGAAGCUGGAGAAGGUUGGGGAGGGGACGUACGGGAAGGUGUACAGGGCGCGAGAGAAGGCGACGGGGCGGAUCGUGGCGCUGAAGAAGACGCGGCUCCCCGAGGACGACGAGGGCGUGCCUCCCACCGCGAUGCGGGAGGUCUCCCUGCUGCGGAUGCUGUCGCAGGACCCGCACGUGGUGCGCCUGCUGGACCUCAAGCAGGGCGUCAACAAGGAGGGGCAGACCAUCCUCUACCUCGUCUUCGAGUACAUGGACACCGACCUCAAGAAGUUCAUCCGCGGACACCGCAACAACCGCGAGAAGAUCCCCGAGGCCACCGUGAAGAUCCUCAUGUACCAGCUGUGCAAGGGCGUGGCCUUCGUCCACGGCCGUGGGGUGCUGCACCGUGAUCUCAAGCCGCACAAUCUGCUGAUGGACCGCAAGACCAUGGCGCUUAAGAUCGCCGACCUCGGCCUCAGCCGCGCCAUCACCGUCCCUAUCAAGAAGUACACCCACGAGAUCCUUACUCUCUGGUACAGGGCUCCCGAGAUUCUCCUAGGCGCCACGCACUACUCCACGCCUGUUGACAUAUGGUCUGUUGGCUGCAUUUUUGCUGAGUUGGUCACUAACCAGCCACUUUUCCCUGGUGACUCCGAGUUGCAGCAGCUGCUCCACAUCUUCAAGUUGCUGGGCACCCCGAAUGAGGAGGUGUGGCCAGGCGUUGACAAGCUGCCCAAUUGGCACGUGUACCCCCAGUGGAAGCCGACGAAGCUGUCCACUCUUGUGCCCGGUCUUGACGCUGAUGGCUACGAUCUCCUUGAGAAAAUGCUGGUGUUCGAGCCGGGGAAGCGGAUCCCUGCGAAGAAGGCCCUGGAGCACCCCUACUUCAACGACGUGAGGAAAGAGAUGCACUGACUGAAGCGAUUCAAUAAUCCACCGAGGGGUGUGUUGAGCAUGAUUGCCCUGAAGCAGUUCUUUUGCUACCAGGGCCUACUUUAAUUAAUUUCUGUUUUCUACUAGACUAGAUGAUUUUUCCUGUGUGCUGUGAACCGUUCGCUUUGGUUGUGAUGGAUUAAAACACUAGGGAUAAAGUAAGUUGAACAUAAGCCAGCAAAAUCGUGUUUGCGAGUGAAAUGAUGUUUCUUUGCA